AUGCAAACCCACGACGUAGCGGCUCACGAGAUAUUCGGCGAAGAAGCUGUCCGCGUGACGCCGCCGUUGGUUUUGCCGUAUCUGAAUGGCAAUGGCAUCGAUGACGGCGAGAACGGUCUGGACGACGACAUCGAACCUGAGAACGUUACGCGUGUCAGACUAGUGCAGUUUCAAAAAAACACCGACGAGCCAAUGGGUAUAACGUUGAAAAUGAACGAAGACGGUAAAUGUGUGGUAGCGCGCAUAAUGCACGGUGGUAUGAUCCAUCGUCAAGCCACUCUGCACGUGGGAGACGAAAUCCGAGAAAUCAACGGUAUAUCGGUUGCUAAUCAGUCUGUGGGAGCGCUUCAGAAGCUUUUGAGAGAAGCGAGAGGAUCCGUCACUUUUAAGAUAGUGCCAUCCUACAGAAGUGCACCACCACCGUGCGAGGUACAAUUGUUCAGGAUAAAGCCAUUACCUGUGAUUAUAUUCGUCCGUGCUCAGUUCAGCUACGACCCGCUUCAAGACGACUUAAUACCAUGCGCACAGGCUGGCAUAACGUUCAAUAUCGGUGACAUAUUGCAGAUAAUCAGUAAAGACGACCACCAUUGGUGGCAAGCUCGAAAAGACAAUUCAGCCGGUUCAGCUGGCUUAAUACCGUCGCCAGAACUCCAAGAGUGGCGUAUCACCUGUAAAGCUCUAGAAAAUUCCAAACACGAACAAGAAUCCAGUUGCUCGUCGCACGAAGGGUGUGACGGUACCACCGUUAAUUGCUCAAUAUUCGGUCGUAAGAAAAAAUUAAAAGAAAAAUAUCUCGCUAAACACAAUGCGGUAUUUGAUCAUAUCGAUUUGGCCACCUACGAAGAAGUAGUCAAACUACCAUCAUUCCAACGCAAAACGUUAGUUCUUUUGGGCGCCCACGGAGUCGGCCGAAGGCAUAUAAAAAACACGAUCAUUCAAAAACAUCCGGACAAAUAUGCUUAUCCAAUGGCUCAUACGACGAGACCGUUGAAACCGGGCGAAGAAAACGGGGUAGCCUACUAUUUCGUUACUUAUGACGAAAUGAUGACCGACAUAAAUGCACACGAGUACUUGGAAUAUGGCACCCACGACGAUGCCAUGUACGGCACGAAGCUGGACACGAUAAGGAAGAUCCACCACGAGGGCAAAAUCGCCAUACUGGACGUGGAGCCGCAGGCGCUGAAAAUAUUGCGGACGGCCGAGUUCGCGCCGCUGGUCGUGUUCAUCGCCGCUCCCCCUCACCGAUCGCUUACCGACUUCGACGGAAGUUUGGAAAAACUCGCCAACGAAUCCGAACUGCUACAGCGGGCGUAUGAGCAUUUGUUCGACAUCACUAUCGUCAACGAAGAUAUCGAAGAAACCAUCGACGAGUUGGAAAGGGUAAUGGAACGAGUGCACACAACACCUCAAUGGGUGCCUGUAGCAUGGGUAUAUUAG